AAAUCUGGUGUGUUCAGCUAGUUGGGGAGUUUGACCAAAGCUGUCAUGGCUGCUGUAGGUACCGACUGGGAGGACUUCCCUUCAUAUUCCGAUUUAUAUCGAGGUAUCCGAGAAUUUUUAGAAAAAACUUACAGAGAAGCGCUUUCAGAAGAAAAGGAAAUCUAUCAUGUCGAAUCCUCAUGGGAAUACUAUAAUUUUAGUAUAAACGACUUAUUAUUUGUCAUUCUAUUAGCUGUAAUAUGGACUAUUUUACGGUACUUAGCUACUGAAGGGAUUUUCAAGCCUUUAGCUCAUCAUUAUGCUCUUACUCCAACAAAUGGAGCGAAGAUGCCCGAAAGUGCCUGGAAGUUUACGUAUUACCUUUGUGCCUGGAGCUAUUGCUUAUAUGUUGUUGUUUUGAGUGGUAACUACAAGUUCUUCCAAAAACCCAGUACUGUUUGGGAUAAUUGGAGUUUGAGAGAAUCUGCCCCUGCUGAUAUAUAUAUCAUGUACAUGGCACAAUGUGGGUUUUAUGUUCAUUCUUUGUAUGCUACUUUGUUUUUGGAUACUUGGAGAAAGGAUUCUGCAGUCAUGAUGAUCCAUCAUAUCUUAACUGUGACACUUAUCUCAAUUUCUUAUUCCCUUAGAUAUCAUAAUAUUGGUUCUCUUGUACUGUUUACACAUGAUCUUUGUGAUAUUUUCCUGGAAUUCACCAAGCUUAAUGUUUAUUUUAAAAUUCAAAAAGGCAAGGUUGUACGAAGGCAUGAAGUAUUUGCAAAUAUCACCUUUUUUUGUUUCACUGUUGCAUGGUUUGUAUGUCGUCUUUAUUGGUAUCCAAUGAGAGUGUUAUACGCAGCAACAUCAGAUGUGCAGAGAUUGAAAUUGGUCCUUCCUGGCGCACUACUCAUGAAUAGUUUACUAUGGAUUCUUCAAUUUUUAAAUCUUUAUUGGUUUUUGUUUAUUUUACAGUUUCUAUAUCGUGUUGCAACUGGCCAAGUUAAGGAAGUUGAUGAUACUAGGGAAUAUGAUGUAGAGCGAAAGUUACUUCACCAUUCAAGUGAAAAUGGUGUUCUAAAUGGAAAUAUUAAGACCAAUGGCAUCUGUGAUGAUGGUGUGAUUUCAAAUGGCAAUGCAUCCCAUUCAAGUAGAAGAGCAAAAGAUGAAUAAAUUGAGCAGCUUCAUAUAUAAAAGAGAACCUUCCAGUAUAAUCCAUUUUAUAAUGAAAAGCUGAUUUUUCUUAUAUGUAAAUUUAACUCAAACAUUUUAUUGGCCUGGAAAAAAAAAGCUUAUUUUUGAAUCACUUUGUGUAAAUUGUGAUCUGUUUUAUGUACAAACUAUUAAUAUAUUUGUAAGCAUGUACUGAGAAAUUUCAUCCGGAAUGUAAUUUUUAAGUAAGGGAACAGUUCAGAGAAAAUUUUCUUGAUACAUUGCUGAUAAUUCUCGUUUGCUUUUUGAAAUCUUUUUUUUAAGUGUAAUAAAUCGUUUCCUUGUAGCUCAUAAUUUUAUACUAUUAACAUUCUAUGUGUUGAUGACAGUUCAACAAUUUUCAUGUAAGUAAAAAUAUUUUCUGAAAUGCUUAAUUUGAAUUGCUCACUGUUAGAGAAAUCUUUAUCAAUUAAAAAUAAUUAUAAAAGAAACUUGUGCUUUAAUAUUUAUUUUUCUGAUGUUACAAGAAAAUGUAACCUAAAAUGUAAUGUCAUUAAAACUUAGAAGGUUUAAAAAAAAAUGCAGCUGUAUUAGACAAUAGAGCUGCUGUAAAAAUUAAUGUAAAUAGCAACUCAAUUCCUGAAGCAAAUGUUUUGGGAAUAAUUGUAUUAUAAGAUGUUUGCAUCAAUAUCUUUUUGUUUUUAUAUUUUUUAUUAUUGUGUCCAGUCUUUGCAUAUUUAUUCUGAAGUUUAUUGUAAAGGAAUGAUUGUGAACUUUUGACUUUGUACUUCUUUCUCAUCAAUGUGACACUGGUGUGUGACUUAUAUUGUAAACGACUGGAAUUCAUCAUUUCAUCUGUGCCUGUGUCCAUGCUCAUUUUAACUAAUUUAAACACAGAUACCUUUUAUCAUAUAUGAAGCAGAAAAUGUUUGUAAGAUAAUAGUUUUAGACCCUCUCUCGCAGCAAAGCUGUUUUUUUAUAUAAAAAGAUCAUUCCAUAUACUGAAAGUUUGAUGAAUUUAGAUAAUCUUUCCGAAAUGGGCAUCAUUACAGAUUACGUAGAAUUUCCUUCAUUGAUACUGAUACCUUGAAACAUAAAAAAAUGAUGUGGAUUUCUUUGGAAAUAUAUUUUUAAACAUUUAUAAAAUUUUGAAAAUAUGAGAGUAAAAAUUUUAUAUUUUCUUUUUUUAUUUUCCAUAAAAAAAUGUUUCAUUACUGAUAAAUCUUUCAAUUAAAGUUUUGUUUAUUAACAUAUUAAAAAUUACUUAAUAUUCAUUUUGAAGGAAUGAUUAUGUGUCAAAUAUUUUAGAUAAUAUUUAUUAUUACAAGUUCAUUACAAUAACUAUCGAUUCAAUUUAUGUAUUUGUCUUUAUUAAUCUUUUUACAUUUUAUUCCAUUUCAAGUUAAAAACACUGGAACAAAGAAUGUUCCUGUACCUUCUCUAAAAGAAUUCAUUUUUUAAAAUUCUUUAAUUAGUGUUGUCUUUUAAAAAAAGUGUUGAGUAGAGAGAUUUCAAUUAUUGAGUUUAAAAUCUAAUUUCAACUUAAGUGAUGAAUGAUUCUUGAUUUUUUUUGUUUCCAACUUGAUUUUGAUAUAGUAAAGAAUGAAAAUGCUUUCUUAUAUAUUUUAAUUCAUAAUUGUUUUUAUUUUAAUCUGUAGAUUGUGCAGUAAAUUUUUUUUUUUUUUUUUUUUUUUGUGCUUAUGUUGGAACAAACAAUUGCCAUAUUUUUCGUGAUGAAUCUUAUAUUUGUAUAAAUUGUGCUAUCAGUCUUUGUGGGGCAAAUAUUUUAUAUCUAUUUUUCAAAAUUAUGCUAUAGUAUACAUGAUUGCAAGUAAUUUUCCUAUCUAACUUUGUUUGGAUUUUAAAACUUUCAUAUUUUUCAAUGCUAUUGAAAAUUCAAGAUAUGUUUUUACGAAAAAAAUGUGAAUACAUUUAUUUUAGAGACAAGGUACAUUUCCAAAUACAAAAUUUAAUGAAAUACAGAACACUAUCUCUGUUGAAAGUUUUAAGAGUGUAAAUUUAGAGUGGCAGAAUCAUCAAAUAGUAACUUGUUAUUUGAUUAUCAGUGUUCUCGAAAAAUGCAAGCAGUUUGCGAAUUUUUAUUGAAUUUGUAAGUCUUCCUCUCUAUUUAAUCUUUAUAUUAAAAUCUUUUUAAGCCAAUGCAUAUCAAUUAAAAGUAUUUUUUUAAACAAAAUUGCUAAUGGUUCAACAUUUUUAUAAUACAAAAAUUAGAAUUCUUAUCACAUUCAUUAAAAAAAAUUUCAAGUUUGAACCCAAGUUCCAAAAAUUUUUAUAAGUUGAUUUUGACAAAUGUAUUCCCGAAGUAUGAAUAUAAAAUAAGCCUUACUGAGAUUUAAUGAUGUCAGUUUUAAUGUUAUUAGAUUAAAAUCUGAAACUUCUGCUAAAAAAAUUCUUAUUAGUUUGAUUUUUUUUUUCUGUUAAGAUUUGCUAGAAAAUAAUUUAUCUUGGUGUGGAAAGAUCUCCCCCUCCCCUUCUUGAAAUGGGAAUAGCUUCGUCUUCCUUCUAUUUUUUAAAAGAAUCCUUUAACAGUUUAGCAGAUGAGGUUAAUUACAGGCAGUAUUAUGCUAAAAUGCUUUUCAAAUAAUUAUCUACUACUGAUGCUUUGUGUAAAUAAGAUUAUCUUAAAAGUAACACUUGCAUAUACUGUUUUUUAAACUGAAAUUUUGAAAUUUGAUGAUCAUUUGCUGUAACAAAAUUUGGAAGUGAAAUUGAAAUGCCUAUUUCUUCAUGUAUUUCUGAAAAUCUAAAAUAUGUUUUGGUGUAAAAAAAUUUUAUUGACAAAUUUUAAAUAUCAUGAUUAAGUUAUAUAAUGCAUCUGCAUAGUUAAUGGCAUUGAUUUUUUGUUCUCUUGAUGUAGAACUAGAUUGACUGAAAUUAUUAUUCUUACUUGCAUUUCUAAUACAUAUUUAAAUGACUCAUUGUUUAUGUUAGAGAGUUAUCAGUUCUUAUCUAGUUGAAUACUCUUUCAAAUCUGUUCUGUAAUUUGUGUUCAGUUUCACAUUUAGUUAUUUUGAAAAAAGUUUUUUUUUUUUUGAGUAGUUUUAUUCAAAAAUUUGUAAAUAAAAAGCAUAACAGAUCAGCAUAUAUCCUUUUUCUGUUUCAAUUUUAAUGGUCAAUCCAUUAAGUGAACUUUAAAAUAAUCAAUGAUGUUUAUACAAAAUAUUAAGUUGUAUAUUUUGAUUUACAUUGUAUGCAGAAGGUCUUCCGUUUUUAAUUUGGAUAUUUAACAUUGUAUCCAAAUUGAAAAUUAUUUUUUAUGAAAUUUUAAAGGUAUUGGAUUAUGAGUAGAACACGGAGUAAAUGUUCAUAUGAAUAUGAAAAAAGCACCCUAAGAGUAAUAUUUGUCACAUAUGACUGGAGUUGUUUUUUUGCUUUCAGUGUAAAUAUGUGGAAAAAUCUGUGAUUAAUUUAUUUGGCUUCUCUGCUUUUUUUGUGAAGAACUAAUAAAAAUGAAGAACGAGUAUUUUCUGAAGCAUCUAAAUGUAGGUCAUAUUCUCAAUGUCUUUUUAAUAUAUUGAGAUUUUUCAAUUCAUCUAUGUGUAUAUGAAAUUUUAUGCAGAUAUAGAGUAAAUGCUGUUAAAGUAUCAUUUUCUAUGAAUGAAGAAUGAAGUUCCUGAAUAUCUUCUCAUUUGAAUUUUCUCUUAAGUACGUAUAAGUUUAUGUUUAUUAAAUCAAGUCUACUUAAAUAUUGUAUGUGUAUUUUUGAAAAUCUGGAUUGUGUAUUUUAAAGUAGAAAUGAAGAAAUAAGUAUGUUAUUCAAUAUAUAAACAGUUUUUGGCAGCUGUGCUAUUUUAUGAGAAUUUGUAUACCAUACAAAUUGAAAAAUCAAAAGACAGUAAUAGUUUUUCAAUCAAUCUUAAAUUAAUUACUUUUAAAUUUUUUAUGAAUUUUUUUGUGUAAGUUUUGCUUUAUUUCUAUCAAAUACUGCUUUAAUAUGUAUGCAAAUGUGACUCAGUUUAAGCUGAUAUUUUCCAUUUUAAUAAAUAUCCUCUCCUAUUAUUCUGUUGCAUUGUCCCCCCCCCCACACACACAUUAUUUCUAUUUUUUUAUCAUUGUGUUUCACAAUCAUAUCUUUUCUGUGCAGAGGGUUGUGCUGUUUGUGCCAAAGUCAAUGCAAAUUUCUUGUAAACUUGUAUAAGAGAUACUCUGAAAUUUUUUAUUGGAGUUUAUUAUUCAGGAAAGUUUCAGAGGCUUGAUACUGAAUAUUGAUUAUUCUUGCACUUCUUAAGCAACUUGUACAAGAUAAAAUUGGGUGUGUUAUCUCUGUUGGUUUCUCAAUAAUUUGUAUGGAAUCAGAAGAUAUCUACAGAAUUUAGAUAAUUAUAAAAGUUAAAAUUUUUCAAAGAAGUAUAUUUAAAGUGUUCAGGUGGAGCAAGUAGUUGUAAAGGAUUAUUUCAUUUAUGCUUAAUAGAAUGUUUUAUUCAUUCUAGAGAAUUUUAUGAACUAAUGUUAGUUUAAUUUUAUGUUACAUAUUUGGUUCUUGUUUUUAGCUGUUGUUUUAAAAAUCUUUUCACUUCAUAUUAACACUUUUCACUCAAUGCCCAAUAUUCCUAUAAAAAAUGAACAAGGUUGCUAUGUUAGUUUCUCUUUUUUGCAGUGUUAUUGUUUUUGACUAGGCUGUGAUAAUGUAUUUAAAUAAACUACUAUCUCUUGCGUUGUCACUUGCACAUUGUAAUGGUGUUAUCUGUUACUUACUUUUAUCAUUUUUCUAUUAUUAAAUGUAAAUACAAAAUUUUAAUUUAGAGCUUUAAUUAUUUUUAUUUCUUAAUCUAAUCAGUGAUGCUGACUAAUUGUACGAGUACCUGCUGGGAUAUGCAACUAUUAAUCGGUACUUCUUAAAAAAAAUAUAUUACGAUGGGAAUAAUAAUACAUAAUACAUAUGAUUAUGGUAGAUAUUUAAAUACAUUUAUAAUUCAUCAAUAGUUCAUGAAAAAUAUAUAAACAUUUUUAAAGUGUAUAGAUUAUAUGUGCAUUAUUUAGGGCAGUUUGAUUGUGACAAGUGAUUGCAUCACCCAUGAAUAAUGUAAUGUUUCUGCUCAAGACUGAAAAAUGUUCCUUGGAAUGGAGCAUAUUUAAUUUUGAGCAUUCUGUUAGUUAACACUUAAACUAUUGCAGUAUUAAGUUUAAAAUGAUUUUGGAUGAUGCAAUUAAUUACUUGUUAAUCUGCCACUGAUAUAAACACUUUUGAGUGAAAAAUAUUUGAAUUUGGGAAAAGAAAGUUUUACUAUUUAAUUUUCUCUUCUGAACUUAUUACCAUAAUUUUAAUUCAUAUGUUGAAAAUUAUAUAAUAUAAUUAAAUUAUAUAAUAUAAAAAAAUACUUGAAGCAUAAGCCUUACAAUUUUGUUAAGUUGGAAACAGUCUACAUAGCAUAGAAAAAUUGAAAACAGGAUCUGCAAUUGUAAAUUUUUUUUGAAAACUUCUGUGUAGCAAAAACUAAAUAAAAUCACUAUAUACCGCUCUGGAGCAGUUUUUUUAAAUUUUCAUUUAAUUGCCUUUUGAGUAAAAAAACUUGUUCUGUUUUAAUCAAAAAAAAAAUUGUACCAUAACUGCAUGGAUAUAAAAUAAUUGUUAAUGAUUAUUUUAAUGAAAUCUUUUAAUAAGAUUUCCUUUGCUAGAAUUGUUUUAAAUAUCAAGAACUUGUAAGCAAGGUUUAUGAAAAGCUUUGACUUAUGUGGAAUCAUAAAAAGUACUUUUAAAAGUCCUGUACUGGAACAAGUAUUGUAGUUUUUUAACUCAUUAAAAGUGUAAUUAUAAUUUUUCCUUUUACUUUGGCUUCCUGCAUCUGCUGAAUGUUUAUGGGUAAUUUAAAUUGUUUUUAGGAAAUAUAGAACAUGAUUUAUCAAAUUAUAAUCUAUUUAAUUGUCUUUUUCCCCUACUUUUUUUGUUUCAGCAUUUUCUUAAUUAUAAUAAAAAUUUAUGACAUUGAAAGUCUAUCUUUAAUCUUGGAAGCUCACAAUUCUUAACAUUAGUGAAGCUUUGACAUUCUGUGAUUGAUUGAUAACAUUAGCUUUGAUGAAAAUGUUAUUAAUUAUCAGUAUCUAAAAGUUAUAAUGAAUAGAACAUGUGCAGCCAUUAAACGAAACUUUUACCAAAUCAUGUUUGAUUCCCAGUUUUAUAUCAAUUAAUGGAAAUUUUCUUAAUGAAAGAACAUAUAAAUCUUGAUAGAAUUUUUCAUUAAAACAGAAUCAUGAGGACAACAGUAUCUUCAAAUAUACAUUUUUUGUAUUUUUAUACAGAUUGUGAAAAAGUUGUUUCGGAAGGAUUUUUUCAGUGUCUGCUUGAAGCUGCUUACAUAUUUUGUUUUUAAGAACUCUUUAACUGACUGGUGUGUGCAACUAUUCCGUUUCUAUUUGUAAUUGGGUGUAUCUAAUUUUUUAAUUUGAUGUGUAACUAUUCCUUUAAAUUUUUAAAAAAUGUUUGGCAUUUUUUAAAAAUUUUGUUUGUUUAACCUUGGGGAUCGGAAGUAUAUCAAAAGGAGAAAUAAAUAUGUAAUUUUUAAAAUUUAUUGUAUUUGGCAUUUAUAAUUUCAUCACUGUUCGAAUUACACCACUAAGUUUAAUUAUAUUUGCAUUGACAAAAACUAAUUGGAAGAGUGUUAAAUUACUGCAAAAUCGUUUUGUAAUUGUAUAAGAAUUAUCACAUUUUUCUAAUGCAUCUUCUCUGUUUUAUAUAAAUGAGCUUCCAAAAUGUAAUAAAAUAAUUCAUUUGCUAACUUAAUCAUGUUUAGCUUUUGCUUUGUUAUUUUUUGACUGCACUUUUUUCUUUCUGUAGAAGCAGGCCUAAUUUGUUAUUUUAGAUCUCUAAGGUUAUAAUUUGUCUGUUGCUGUUAAAUUAACUUUGCUGAACUCUUGCAACUUUUACUUUCUUUGGCCAAUAUAGCCUUUGCAUUGCAAUUUUAUGCUAAUUUUUAUAAGAAUUCUUUUAUAAAUUUAUAAAAAGAAUUACUUAAUUGUUUUAAUGUGAAGUCUCACUAAUAAUGCCAUUGUAACUUUUAUUUUCUGUUAUAAAUGAAUCCUUGUAUUACUUAUUCUACUUUUUAGGUUUAAGAGAAUUUUCUGACAAAUCGAAUAAAUUGAUUAGCUAUAUCUGUGGAAUCUCUUUAUUGUGUUAAUUUCAAUUCCUGAAAUGUGCAAUGGCUGAACUUGAUGGUGAAUUUAAAAGACGGUUACUAAUGUUAAAAAUUUUUACAAAAAAAAAAAAAAAAAAGCAUUGGAUAUGUAGUAUACAACUGAACAUGUAGUACCUUGAAGAUUGCAUGAGAUUGUUUUGCUCAAUGUAUUAAAUGCUUACUUCUUGUAUAUCCUUGUAAUUAUAUGUAUUUUGUGAACACAGUUCUGGGGAACUUGCUAGGAAUGUAUUAAGUCACUGAUUUUAUAUAUUAUUAAUAUGAAAUGAAAAGUUAUUGAGAAUAUUAAAGCCACACUAGUUUGAGCUAUAUUUUGAAAAAUUGGCAAAACUUCCAAUUUGCUUAAAAUUGUAUCUAUUUAUACCAUUUUAAUAAUUUCAACCCUUUUAUUUUUAAAAUUUGAAUAAAAAAAAACAUUUUAUACAAAGUAAUUUGUUUCAAAAAUAGAACCUAAUAUAGUGACAGGAGUAAAAACUGUAUUUAAUGUCUCAUUAUUGCAACUUAUUACAACUUCUUUUUCACACUAUAUGCAGAGUUCAAUAUCUAGUCAGUAAAAUUUUCUGAUUUUUGGUAAUGAAAGUAUGCAUUGAAAUUGAACAGGGUUUUAAAGCUAGAGCUUCUGAUGUUCAAGUGGGACAUAUGUUAAGAGUUUUCACAUUAAAGUUGAAAACUUACUUAGUUUAUCCUUUAUAAUUUAAAUUCAUUUUUGUGAAGAUGAAAUUUUGUAUUGAUUUUUCGCUCACUUAAUGAUAUGUUUGAGCUUUGAAGUUUUUGUAUACUUGUGUAUGCUCGAUGAUAAUACUUUUAUAUUUUCAAAACAUAAUCGAUUCAUUGAUGACUUGUAUGAACUGCAUCAGCUAGUUGUGAAUUCCUUAAAAAAUGAUUUCAAAUUCCAUAAUAUUUAUAAUAAAGAAAUGAAUACAAGCUAAAAAGUAGAAAUUUUUAUUUUAAUCAACCUCUACUUUUUAGUACAGAUAUAAAAGGGUUUUAAAAGCUAUUUUUCUUUUAGAAUCAUUAACCCAACAGUUUUGAAAAAGUAGCAUAGAAAAUAUUUGCGUCCAUUUUGUAAGUACUUCUGGCACUAUGGAUAGAUUUGGAAUUUUCGUAAAUUUACAAAGUACCCAUUUGUUGGAGCUAAAAUUCUGUCAAUUUUUUCCGACUAUUCGAGUAGAUAUUCUAUACAUAAAAAUGGCUCCUGAGCGCACAUUCGUCUCGUUCUGUUGAUCUGGUAUGAAAAGUUCUUCCUUUUAAGAUGUAUAAAUUCAUCUAUUUUUAUAUGUGUGUCAUUCAUGUGUGUGAAGUGUUGUAUCAUUUUUAUACAUGCACAUCAGAUUGCUUUUUCUUCCAGUGUGUCUGAUUGAAUUUAAAAACUGAUAUCGGAUUAAGUAGUUGCGUCAAAUUUGACACGUAUUUGAUGUAAUCUAUUGCAGAACAUCGAAUUUUUUUUUUUAAUAUCAAAAACCGCUAUAACUUGAUCAACCCAUAAAAUGGAGAGGGGAAAAAAUCUUUUGCUGUUCAUUAAAUAAAUUAUGAAUGUGAUGUGUUGCUCAUAUACAUUAUAGUACAUUUUGCUAUUGUAUUAUCAUUGCUAUGAAAUAUGAAAUGUAUUUUAGUCUCAAGCCAUUGUUUUGAAUGGCAUGGCAUGUGAAUAAAAGAUGUGUAAUGCAA